AUGUAUGAGUGUCGCGAUGCCCUAACAAGUGGGCUUCGCGGUCGGGAAAAGACUUACCUCACGGUAAGUCGUGGCUUCUACUGGCCCCGCCAGCAAGAGUCUGUGCGCAAGUACAUUCGCGCUUGCGAAGUUUGUCAGCGGGUGAAGCCUAGUCCUUCUCCCCGCUCACCCUUACAGCCUCUUCCGAUUCCGGCAGUGUGUUGGCAGUUCGUGUCGAUGGACUUCGUCUUUGGGUUCCCCAAAGACGUUCACAGGAAUUAUGGCAUUCGUGUGUUUGUUGAUCGGUUCAGCAAGAUGGUACAUCUUGUUGCUGAACCGGAGUCGAUCAAAUCCCAGGUCUGUGCGCGCGUCUUCAUCGAUACUAUCUUCCUACUUCACUGGUUACCCCGUGAACUCGUGUCCGUAUGGGACAUCCACUUUACAGAGGAGUUCUGGAAAUCCGUGUUCCGUUCCUUUGGAAAAAGUUUGAAUAUGUCGACUUCAGACCAUAAAAAAACAGAUGGUCAGACGAAACGCGUCAAUCGCGUCCUCGAAGAGUUACUCCGAGGGUACGUCCACUCGUUUACAAGUUGCUGUGAGUUCUUGCCGAUGGCGAAAUUUGCCAUCAACAACUCGGUGCAUGCGUCGACAGCGCAUACACCGUUCUUCGUGAAUGGCCUACGCCAUCCACAUUCACCCGCCUCCUUACAUGACCAUGUCGCUGCAAUUGAUAUUGAUGAUGAUGAUGACGACGACGCUGGUAUAUUUUUUGGCAUCGCUGAUGACUGCCACAAAGAGGAAGGUGACGCCCUCACUGGUGAAGACGACGUUCUUUCAGCAGUGCGCUCGAAGCGCACUGCUGUUGACAAGGAUGAAUCCGCAAAGGAAUUUCUGCUGACUCGCGAAGCGGUUGUCCGAUUCGUUUAA